AUGGGAUGUGUAAACAGCAAUUCUCAUUAUAAAAAAAACAAAGAUUUAGAUAUCGCAAAUGUUCCCAUUAUGCUAAAUAAUCAGAAAACAGCAAACAUUGAAAAAAUUCAGGAUAAUUGGUUAGAAAUGAAAAAUAACUCUAUCCUGGCCAGACGACAUCAGCAAAGCAAACUAUCCAUUAAGGUUACGACUAAUUCAAAAUCUCCCUUGUCUUGUGUUAGUCGCAAUUGA